UUGUGCAUUUCUAGUUUCGACAUCUGUGUAGUUGCAAAUGACGGACGAAAUAGAAGAAGAAUCUCUUCUUAAAAAGAUAAUUUCUCAAUGCAUUGAAUGCAAACAGAAUGAAUUGAAUUUAUCAUCUUUAUGUUUCAAUGUGAGGAAACUUCCGGAUGAUGUAUUUUAUCGAUUUUCUUUGGAGAAUCUGGCCAAGAUUACGGGAUUGAAUUUUGAUUUCAACGAUUUGCAAGAAUUACCUGAAAGUAUUUUGACCUUGAAAAACAUCAAAAAGUUUUCUGCUGUCGGUAACUGUUUAACUACCAUUUCGUCAGGUUUUGGAAAGUUUGUAAAUCUUGAAGAAAUACGGUUGAACGAGAACUGUCUGUGCUUACCUGUAAGUCUCGGCAGUUUAUGUAAUUUGAAAACAUUAUCUUUGAUUGCCAACGAUUUGAUUACUUUACCGAAUGAAUGUUUAAGCGGGCUGUCGAAACUUGAGGAAUUAUAUUUGGAUGAGAACGUUUUACAAGAAUUGCCUGAGAACAUUGGUUGUUUGAGGGCCCUACGAAUAUUAGAUAUAAGCGAGAAUAAAUUGAUUUCAUUGCCAGAUAGUUUUGGUGAAUUGGAUCAUUUAGAGGUCUUGAAUCUGAGUAGGAAUAAUAUUAGUGUUUUGCCUGAGUCCUUUGGUUUUUUGAGUAAGCUUCGGAAGGUUGAUCUCAGUGACAAUGAUAUUGCCAAAUUACCAGAGGAGUUUAAAUCAGCGCCAAGGUUAGAAAGUUUGUAUUUCGACAAUAAUGUAGUUGGUGUGCUGCCUGCAUGGUUUGGUAAACUGUCGAACAUUUUGAAUUUAUCAUUAAAAGACAAUAAGUUACAAGGCUGUCCAUUGCCUGAGUUAUUUCCUAAAGUUUCUGAUAAAACUUUAAAAAAAUUGGAAGUUGGAGGCAAUGCCAUUUCACAACUGCCAUCAGCAUUUGGCGAACUCGGACAGCUUGAAGAGUUACAUCUUGGUAGUACAAUAUGUGAGUUAGAAAGGCGUAAUUUUCAAAAUGGAAAUAGGAUACGUGAACUUCCAGAAAGCUUUAGCAAGCUACACUCCAUUAAUAAACUUUAUCUUGAUGAAAAUCAGCUGAUAAAGUUACCAUGUAGGUUUGGAGAUCUUCAUAAUUUGACUUGGAUCGAUCUCGGGCAAAAUCUUUUGACAUAUCUUCCUGACAGCUUUUGCUGUUUGGUUUUACUAGAAUAUUGUCAGCUAUCAAAGAACCAAUUGAAAAGCUUACCUGAAAAUUUUGGCAGACUUGAAAGCUUGAAGGAUCUAAGAUUGGAUUAUAACUUGUUAGAAGAUCUACCCGAAUCAUGCUGUAAUCUUAAAGCCCUUCAUACUUUGGAUUUAUUCAGUAACAAACUGACAAAAGUUCCAAAGUGGCUUUCAAAGUUGACCUCUUUAAAACGACUGGAUUUAGACAAGAACAAUUUCCACUUAAAACUCAGGGACAUUCCUCACAUUACUUCUGAGGGAUCUAAAUAUGCCAAAAGAGAUCCAAAACUCAUUAAUAAUUGGCGUGGAAAGAUGAGAGCAGAUAAAGUGAGAGCAGAUGUUAUUGUUAUAAAACAAGAGGAAAACGAUGAGGAUUCGGAAGAAGAAAUUGAGCUCCCUGCUACAUAUAAUGAACAUGUACUUGCUGCUGCUAUGAGAAGGGGUUUAUCAAUAUGGAGGUCACAUGAUGGACCCAGUGAAAGAAACUCCCCGAUAUGGGAGGAUGAUAUGGUAUUUAAUGUGUACGAAGAUACUUAUGAUGAUACAAUGACAGAUUAUGGAUUUUAUGUUAAAAUGGGUGAUCAUGGAAAAGAUAAUGAAGAUGAUUGUGAAGAUUGGGACAAAGAAAUUAAUGAGUUGUGGGGUAAAUCAUCUCCAACAAACUUGACAUUUCCACUGAAAUGUGGUGUGAACGUGUCAGAUGUUCAAAUUGAAAAACGAGAUGAAUUCUUGACUACUCUUUCUGCUUAUCCACCAGCAACUCAAGCCUACUCUUGGACCGCAACUUAUAACUCUUUGGCCUUGAAAAAUGUACAGUGUAAUUCAACUCAAACCACAACUUUUUCUGCCAUUUCAUCACAUGGACAGUUUGAUGAUGCAUGAUUCAGAAAAUACUGAUAGUUACAACUUUGUGUGAGUAAUAAAUAUCUAUGCUAUACGAUAA